AUGGUCGCCAUGGCUUCGUACACACAAUCACCGCCGCAGAAUGGCCUCUACGAGUCGUCUGUGCCGCAGCCACCUGAGGCUCUUCAGAACAGGGGCUACGGCAAUGCUUCGCAACACGAUUUUGCCAUUGAGGGCGACAAACCCAUCGUAGUGGGAGCCACUGUUGGUAACCCAACUCCCAUCGCUCUCGAGGAGCCAGGCGUCAACCGCACUGUCUCCAACGCCUCGACUGCCGCAUACCGAGAUAUGACUCCGUCGCGCGGUGGUACUCUCAAGAAGAAGGCCAGCGUCAGCCGCAGGUCGAGUCUCGGUCGCAGCGGUAGUCGCAGAAGUCGCGCUGGAAGCAUCGCUGGGCUUGGUACCCCAGGCGCUCGUGAAGACUACAACAGCGCAUUGACUACUCCCAUUCCCACCCAAGGAAGCCCUACUGAUAUUCUUGCAAACCGCUUCCAAGCAUGGCGCACCUUGUUGAAGUCGUUGAUCACAUACUUCCGUGAAGUUCAAUCCAGCUACGAGUCGCGCAGCAAGGCCUUGAUCAAGGUUUCGAAUGUUUUGGCCAAUUCCGAGCACCCCACUGUUUUCAUUACCGAUGGUGGCCUUGCAGAUGCCUCGCGCAUCCUCGGUGACUACCACAAGCACUCAGUCGCCGAAUCAAACAAAUCGCGUGAUAUCGAGCAGGAUGUCAUUGCAGCUUUGACUGGUCUCAGAAGUGAUCUAGGUCAGAAGAUCAAGGAGAUCAAGAGUCUUAACGGCGAUUUUAAGAACUCUGUCGACAAAGAAAAGGAAGCGACACGCAGGGCUGUUGAUGAUCUUGCCAAAGCCUUACAGCAUGCGGACCACGGCGAUGCCAGCAAGACUGAUCCUUUCAUCGUUCGUCUUGGGGUAGACCGCAGUGUUGAGAAGCAGAUUGACGAGGAAAAUUAUCUGCACCGUGCAUACCUCAACCUCGAGAGCUCCGGCCGCGAACUUGAGUCGAUCGUGGUGGGCGAGAUUCAGAAGGCUUACAACGCCAUGGCCAGCAUCCUCAAGCGCGAAGGUGACGAUGCCUACAACACUGUGGAGCAGCUCCGUGGUGGUCCCAUUGCCAUGCCCAAGGACCUUGAGUGGUCGCGCUUUGUCGAAACUGACCCUCACUUCGUCAACCCCAGACUGCCUCUUCGCCGCAUCGAGGAUAUCGCAUACCCUGGAAAGCACGAUCCAGCAGCUGCCGAAGUCAGAGCUGGCAUGCUCGAGCGCAAGAGCAAGUACCUCAAAAGCUACACUCCUGGCUGGUACGUUCUGUCGCCAACUCACUUGCACGAGUUCAAGUCAGCCGACAAGAUCUACUCGCAACCUCCUGUCAUGUCGCUUUACCUCCCCGACCAGAAGCUGGGUUCUCAUUCUGAGCCUGGCUCGUCAUCGCACAAGUUCAUGCUCAAGGGUCGCCAGAGCGGUGGGAUGCACCGUGGCCAUUCGUGGGUCUUCCGUGCCGAGUCUUACGAGACCAUGAUGGCCUGGUAUGAGGCCAUCAAGAUUUUGACCGAGAAGACUGGCGAAGAGCGUGACGCCUUUGUCCGCCAGCAUGUGCGCAGCGUCAGCGCCAACAGCCACCGCAAUAGCAUUAGCAGUGAUGGUCUAGAGGAAGAUGAGGCUGACCAGAUUCCCUACUCUGCUCAGUCCAGCGUUGUCAAUCAGCCCAUUGGCGAGACUCGUCUCCAGCGUCCAGUCCCAGGUGAGUAUGUGCUGUUCCUUUCAUAG